AAGAAACAAGAUGACGCCAUGUUGAAUUGAGUUGUUUGGGUGGUUGGGAUAGGUUCAGUACAUUAUUCUUGCGUUUUAAACGCUAUGAUGUUUAUAUAUGCUUACAAGUGUGGUUGAACAUUAAUAAGUGAAAACUCAAAUAUAUAAUGUUAUGUCGUCUUUUGACCCUGUUGUCAGUGUUAUUUUGUGUAAAAAGUAAAAACAUGCCUCAGAAGCGGUCGUUGCUGCACCAAUGCAAGUGCAAUGGAGAAGGUCGGAGUAGAACCAAUCUCAUAUCUAAGGAUUAUUUCUAUGCUGAUUUUAUAAAUAUAUAGAACGAUGAUGAACACUUUUCUAAAGUCCAGAUGGAAUAAUUAACAUCGUGUGAAACAACCUACAAUGUUGUCAUUAGACUUUCAUAUUUCCCUAUUUGGUGUGAUGUGCCUUCUAAUUCCUAGUGCAAGCAGUGUCGACGGUUCUUGCCCUUACAUUUGUAAAUGUUUGGGACAAUUAAUUAAUUGCAGCAAUACUAAGUUGACUGGCUUGCCAAAUGAUAUUCCAUCAUGGGUUACAAGCUUGGAUAUGAGCUACAAUGAGUUGAAUCCCACCAAUGUUUCUGAACAACUGAGUCUGUAUAAAGACAUCUCUCACCUUGCACUGGGACACAACUCUCUUACCAGCAUUCCUAUCAGUCACACGUUGGAGAACCUCACAGUGCUCACUUUGCCUCACAACAGACUUACAGAGGAUAGCUUCAGGGUGCUUGAGCACUUGCCCAGUCUUCGAGAACUAGACAUGAGUUCCAAUUUAGUGCUUCAACUCGAUAGUGGCUCGAUACCAAACUCGUCUUCACUUCGCAUACUAAAUCUUAGCAACAACAAGAUCAGUAACAUUGAGAAGGGUAGUCUGGAACCUUUAUCAAGAAUAACAGACUUACGACUGGUUCGAAACUCACUCAGAAACCUCAACAAAGAUGUCUUCAAGAACUUAACAUCAUUGAAAAACUUGGACCUGAGCCGAAACAAGUUUUCCAAAGUGGAGGGCCUGUCUUUCACUGGUCUCAAAUCCCUCACAACAUUAAAGCUGCGGAAUAAUGGUAUACAGAAGCUUGAGGAUGGAGCUUUCUUUGGAUUGGAGGGUCUUUCAAGCUUGUAUUUGGACAGCAACAGCAUCAGUGAGGUGACGAAAGGUUGGCUCUAUGGCCUCAACUCCCUGCACCAGUUGUUCCUCACUCACAACAAAAUACAGACCCUUGACACUGUCUGGGAGUUUUGUGUCCAGCUAGAAGAACUUGAUGUUUCACAUAAUUUACUCAGAGGAAUCGAGAAGGAUACUCUGCAGCAUUUGUCAAAACUGCACACACUGAGGUUAAACUAUAACCAGAUCUCUUACAUCGCUGAGGGAGCUUUCAAUCACACCCCCUCCUUGAUAGAGCUAGAUUUGAAUGGAAACAAAAUUUCAUGGACAAUAGAGGAUAUGCAAGGUCCAUUUACCGGGUUAGGUCAGCUUACGAGAUUGGGGCUUGCGGACAACUCGAUAACAUCUGUGAGUGAACAAGCUCUGGUUGGGCUGGACAGUCUGGUGUACCUCGACUUGUCUGCUAACCACAUCAAGACAAUUCAUGCGCAGACACUCAGUCAUGUACCACUGCUGCGCCAACUGCGACUCAACUCUACCAGCCUGGUGUGUGACUGCGGCAUUGCGUGGCUGCCCCUGUACCUGCACAGCUCUCAUGUUCACACAACUGACAUGUUUUGUGCUUAUCCAGCCCACCUCCACGGCCAUCUGCUCUUAGACGUGCCUCCUCAACAAUUCUCAUGCUCUCCAGAUGAUUUCCCGAAGCCGAGGAUAAUAGAGGAGCCUCGGACACAGGUGGCGCUUUCGGGCAGUGAUGUAUCUCUCAGUUGCAAAGCCGUGUCGUCGUCUGAUGCCCCGAUGAGCUUCAAGUGGCGGCGCAACAACCGAGACCUUACCGAACCGGUGUUACGUUCAGUGGUGGACCCUGCCUCGCGCAAUGUGACAGGUGUCACUCAGGUAUCGAAGUUACUGCUCAACAACGUGUCACUCGACGCCAGUGCGCUCUAUCAGUGCAUCGUGUCCAACGACUUCGGCACUGCCUAUUCCCGCAAGGCCAACCUCUCAGUCUAUACAUUUCCUCAGCUACUGAAGAAACCCAGCAAUGUUACCACCAAGGCGGGGAGUAUGGCUCGGCUCGAGUGUGCUGCCAGUGGACAUCCGUCUCCACAAAUAGGUUGGCAGAAGGACGGAGGAACUGACUUCCCUGCGGCACAAGAACGCAGAGUACAUGUCAUGCCGACAGAUGAUGUUUUCUUCAUUGUCAAUGUUAAACCAGUAGACUCUGGAGUGUACAGCUGCACAGCUCGCAACAUCGCUGGCAUGGUCAUUACGAAUGCCACCUUGACUGUUGUCGAACCACCUUCUUUUGUGAAAGAGAUGGAAGACAAGGAGGUGAAGGUCGGUGAGGCUAUCGUACUGGAGUGUAUGGCUUCCGGCUCUCCCAAGCCCACUCUGCGGUGGACUAAGAAUGGCGGAGACCUGCAAGUAACAGACCGACACUUCUUCACGGCAGAGGAUCAGCUCCUCAUAAUCAUGGACACCGUGCUCAGUGACUCCGGCCUAUACAGCUGUGAGAUGACCAACAGUUUGGGCACCAACAAGGGUGAUGCUCACCUCACUGUUUUGCCAGUGUACGAUGGCAAUGUCAAUGAUGAGGACAUGACCGGAGUGAUCAUCAUUACGGUAGUGUGCUGUGCGGUUGGCACCUCUGUCGUGUGGGUGAUCAUCAUCUACCAGACCCGCAAGCGGCUCAAUCCCCCCACCGCCUCUCCUGUGGUUCACUUGGACAAUAAAUCGGAACAUUCCAGCAGCAGCAAAGAUAGCGGCACUGGAGACUCUACAAAGCGUAGCCACGAGGACCUUCUCUUAGAGACAGUGACUUGCGUACACCAAGAAAGUGAACAGUCCAGACCAGAGGUGACUCUACCCCUACUGACUAGCUUCCACCCACCUGCUGCUGUGUACAAAGUGCCUUGUCGCUGCUCAGAAUCUUCCAGUGUACGCACCGACCACGAUCGGCAGCCCAGCUACCUGUGUGUUCCUGUUUACUUGCCCACUCCUAACACGUCUUGUUCACAGUGAAGACAACCGUGCGUGUCUUAACACACCGUAUUCAAAAAUUAUUUAUUUUAAAUUUUACCCUAAAUGAAGUAUUCAACAAUAAAAAAAGUCAAUGUACUUUUUGUGAUGGAUUUCUCUCAGUACUUAUAUACAUUUCUAAUUUUACAUAAUAAUUCCUGUAUUUCGUUUUUUACAUACAUUUUUAAUUUUACAUAUUGAUUCCUGUAUUUUGUUUUUUACAUACAUUUUUAAUUUUACAUAAUGAUUCCUGUGUUUUUUACAACAGUUUAUAACUAAGCUUUUAACAAAUACAAAAUUACUUGAGUUUUCCAUUGGAUAUUGUUCAGGUAAUAGGUAUGGCUUUCUUAAUUUAAUGUUCGUCACUUUAGAGAAAAACAAUUCCAGAGAACUCGUAUAAGUCUGUUGAAGACUUCUAGAAUAAGAAAUCCUAGCAGCAGACAAGCACAUUAACAUGUUAGAGUAAUGUAGAAAUUUGUGAUAUGUCUGAGGUUUAUGUAAUUGAACCGAGUAAAGUUUUAUUACGAUGUAACAUAAUAGGAAUCAAAAACAUGUUUAUUUGAUAAGAUGAAACAGUUUUUUAUUUGACAUUAGAACUACUGAUUGCUUACUCAUUAAUCUGAAUAACUGUCGAAGGAUUAGCUCAAUGUAUGCGUACAAAUUCAACCAUGGCUGCACCAAUCAUUUAGUAUUUAGAGUGUAUUAUUUCAGUUUAAUUUCUACAAUCUUCACAAUAAGAUACUCGUUUUCUAUGACCAUGUUCUUUAAUUAGGGCUUUUAUUUUUUGAACUUUACCUAUGAAAAUCCAUGCACUUUAGUCAUACUGUUACUAUUUCUGAUGACUGGGAGGUUAAAAGGUGUGCAGGUUAUCAUGAGAGAACACUGUGUUGAUGACUGACAGCAUCCAUUAUAGAUGCAUGCUGUUUUAUACAAGUCUCAGUACCACAUCCAAGAUGCUGCUUUCCUGAAAGAUGAUUGACUUGUUAUCAUUGUCUAUUUAUGCAAGAUGAUGCACUAGUUUUUGGUUCUAUUUGGCAAGUCACCUACUGGGUGACAAUUAUGUGUUCCCUCCCAUACACUUCCAUUCAGGUGCAGGUGAGCAUGAGGAAAUGAAUGGCUUAUGCUACCCAUUAGAAAUACAUGAUGUUUACUACAGGUUUCAGGACUUCUAGAAUGAUGAUGGAAUUCUUAUAAUUGUCAAUUUGUGCCCUUGAGACUAAUUGUGUCCUGGUCUUGAGUAAGGUACUGGAGCCGAAGAUUUCUACAUUGUUAGCUUUCUACCUUCUUUCUUCUCUGUUGAUUCCCUUGACAUUGGACUCCAUUCUCUACUGGGCCAAUGUUCCCAUAUGUUGCUUUGGCUCGUUUCAGCAAAUUUCGUGUAAACCCUUCUAUGGAAAUGAAAGGCUUUCUCCUUUCCGGAAUAAUUGAACCAUGUAAGCAACUCUUUGACCGCGAUCAAAGUGGCAUUUAUACUCAGAUGGCAGCUUUGAAAAAAAAGAAAAAAGGCAGAUCUGAUCUUCAGAAAAAAAUGAAGUGAGAAAGGGGAACUGAUAACGUUCCAGAAGAAGCAUACUAAAAUAUUAUCUAUCAAUUCUCCCACUCAUCAGAAAUACUAACACUAUGAGUAGAGUAUGUAUUUUUUAUGUUCAGGCCAAAUCGUCAUCAGGUUUGUUUUAAAAUGAUUCCAUUAGAGUAGACCCUACUAUAAAGGCAGGCAUAUUCCCUUAUAUUUGUAACUAGUUUAUACAAGUUUUCUACGACAGCUGACAUAUUAUAAAUAUCCAGACAUAUCCUGAUGAGAAAGGAACAACGUAAUCUUCAAUUAUUACUUUAAAAUUUUCAUCCUGAGGAUGACACAAGUUAUCUCUGGCUAAGGAAAAUAACAUACCAGAUUUCUAUGUAGACGAUAUGAUGACUGAGUCAAACAACCCCACAGAUGCUGCUGCACUGCAAAAUGACAUAAUAUUAGUAGGAAAAUGUUCCUUUAACCUAAGAAUCCUCUUGUACUUCAAUCGAUUCCUUUAGCACCAAUCGGGCAAGUUGUCUCCAUGAAGACAUCAAUUGUGUUUUUAGUAUAAUCAGUGGACACUUAAAAGUCCUUUGAUAUGUAAUUUUCACUGAUAUAGAAGGCAUUGUUUAAACUUCCUUGACAUCGGUCUUAGUCACUGUUUGAAUAUAUUCAAAUAUGUGUUUGUGAUUUGAAAAAGUUGCUCCCCAUGGAAUGAUUCUGUAAAAAGAACGUGUAACUUUACUCAACAUUUUUAUGUAUCGAAAGAUUAAGAAGAAAAAUAAGUUAUAUCAAUAAAGACCUAUUUCAUUUUGAACUAAAACUUGUUUGUAGUUAUAAUGAACAAUAACUUAAAGUUUAAUUUUGCAAAUAUUAAUAAUAAUAAUAUGUUUAUGGAAAGUGUUUCUUUUACUUCUCUGCUGCUUCUGUAGUGACAGGAUGGGAAAAGUGGAAGCUGGAGCUGCUCCUGCUGAGAUCCAAUGUUAUGUCCACCAUGAGGAAUUAUAGUGUGAGCACUUUAGCAGUCAUGCAUGUAGGCAGGGUACUUCAUGAUUAGUCUUGCCAAAACCUUAUUAACAUUAAGGAAGCUCCGUCUACUCCAACCAACAUCCAACACAGUAAACUAGACGUUUUGGUCAAGUUAUACCUUUAACCCAGUAUCUCGACUUGUGCGAUUAGAAACAUGCUGCUCCUGGACUUGCGUACGAUUGCUCAAAUGUAAUGAUACAUUGGUUUUUGCUGUGCUCAGUACAGGAAUAAACCAGCCAGGCGUGAACCCUUCCGGGUUUGUUGAAUGGUUUCUCACUACAUAUUGAGGAGACUGAUCAAAACUUGUUGACCAUUUGUUUUGCAUUGUUGUAAUAUUUAUAUUUAUAUCUGAGAGCCUCACAGAUUCUAAAACGUGUUUAAUUUAUGUAUAUUUUCUUUAGUUAAUAUUAUAUAGUAGGUUGUGAAUAAAUUUUAUCUGUGAUUAUGAUUUGUACAUUGUAAUCUAAGUUUUAACUCUUAUCUUCAUAGUUUUCUGUUGUGCAGUUAGAUGAAGGCAGACCAAAUGUCAUUGUUAGUUUUCAAAACCUAACAAUUGACUUGAACAAUAAAUUUAAAAACUCAAAUUUUUAACACCAUAAUAAUAAAUUAUUUCAGCAAUAACAGUGUUAUGUUACAUUAAAAAGCUGAUGAUAAAAGUAUUUAUUUUGUUACGUUAGUAUAAAGUUAAGUGUAAUCACUAUUUAGUUCAGUAUUUCAAGAGAUUCCACCAGUUUUAGUAUAUUUACCCUUUCUACACAAUUGAUUUGCUUACGGGUCUUUUCUUAUUGCCUAGUUUCGGAUAUUAAUAUUUCUGCAUUGUACUCUGUGAACUAAAAAUUCCAAAAUGUACUUCUUUUGUAGAAACAAAUGUAUAUUCGAUUUUAUUACAUUUUUUCCCAAGUAAAAUCAAUGAAUACAAUUAAGAAUAAGAAUAUGGUUUGCUAUCAUUUGUUUACUAAUCGUGUUAGUUACUUUUGAAACAAUAAACUGUAAAACGAUUUGCAAAAAUUCUGUCAAUCACCAACACUUAAGUAUUUUUAUUUUGCUGCUUGAUAUGUGUCAUAUUUUUGAUGCUUAAUAUUAUAAAUGGUAAAUCUAUAGCCCAAUGAUAAUAAGCUGGAUGUUUUGAUGGAGCCUUAAAGGCCUUUUUUUUAUUAUUAAUAGAACGAAACUAUAAGUACUUUCAGUUACUCAAACAUUAAGCUUUGUCAGUCAAAGAAGGACAUUCUUUAAGUCCUAUGCACCAAUUAAAAGAUCACUUAUAUAGGAAGUUUUUGAAGUAGUUUGCCACCUAUCACACUUGCUUUGAAUAAUAAAAAAAAUCCUCUUAAAGUUAGAAGUGAAUUUCUAAAACUUGCAAAUCUUUUACUUUCAGUCACUUAAAAUCACAAUAAAAGGUAACCUAUGUUAAUGAAAAAAUAGUUUAUUCUUAUAAAAAUCUAUCAAGUUUUAGUAAUUUUAAAAGUUUUAAUACAGUAUGUUAUUUAAAUUAAUAUUGAAAAAUUUACAUGUCACUCAUAUUGUAAAAGUUUUUUAAAUUUGUUAUUUGAAGAGGAGUUUGAAUUUAAAAAAAUGUUAUUCCACGUAGCAUGUACAAUAAUCUAACACUUUUAAAUAUUAAGUGCCAAUCACCUUGUGUGUAGUUGGACAUUACCUGAUUUCAAGAUACUACCUAUUACAUAUUUUAAUAACUCUAUUAUCCACAUUUACAGUAGGGUAUAUAAUUUCAUAUCCUGAAAUAUAUUAUUUUCAAUAAGUAUUAGUCGGAAAGUAUUUUAUACAGAGGUAUUAUUAUUUUAAAGAUCAUUGGUAAUAAAACUUACCAUUGAUGUAGCCAUUAUAAGACAUUAGCAACACUAAAACAUUAAUUAUAGGGUCUGUAUUACAAAAAUUCAGAAGUUGAAGUGACAAUUUGUUGUGUAUAAAGGGUAAGCUUAUCAUUGUAAAUGAGCCAUUAUAUCUGUUAUAUCUUAAAUAGAUUAAAAAGUAAGUCUUAGAUAGUUUUUAGUCCACCGUAAAGUAUUGAUUGACGUUUAUAUUUAAUUAUAGACCUAAGCUAAUUUAUCCUCAAACUUCUAUAGUCAUCAACUGAUAUUGAUUAUUGUGUUAUUUUUAAAUAUAUACUUUAUAUUCAUGAUAUCGGUGUAAUAUAACUAGAGGUUUAAUCAUUUUGUGAAUUUCAAGGUUCCUAACGUUUUGUUUUAAAUUUUGUGGGUACUAGUGGGUACAGUAAUGUUUGCACAGGCUAUUGUUUAUGUCAGUUAUGGGCUGUUAGAAAAUGGCUUUUUAAUUCUAUGUCUCUUUUCCACUGGUGGGAAUGGUUGAUGCAAUGUCAAUUUUUGAGUUUUAGCUAUGUCAUGUGAAAAACCCGGUUGUUCCACCGUGCUUUAGGAUCAGGUGGGAUCAAGCGUGUCAUAGAUCUAAACUCAAUAUUUACAUUGUAGAUGUCUUUAGACACAAGCAAUAAGUAAAGAUUAUGAAGUGAAAUAAACAAUCCUCUUUUUAAGCAAUUAUAAUUAAAGUAAAUCUGGAUUAUCUUUAUUCAUUUGUUGAACAAUUUUUAUAAUUAAUAGUUAAACAAGAAUACUGUGUAUUCUGUCUAUGUUGAAAUAGUAAUAUGUCAAAUAAUAGUAAGAUUAGCCUGAUCACUCUGUAACAUGCCUCGCUCUUGAAACAUUAAAUGUACCCAAGGAUUGAUUUAAUUUGUUCUGCCAGACCGUGUAGAUAAUAUGUAUAUAAUUAAUUAGUAUGGCAGUUUGUGUCCUUUAUAUGUUAAACUGCCGUUAACAAACAAAAUUCCGAAUGUUUUAAUGAAGUCUAGUUUUACACGUUUGAUAUUGUGUCCUUUUAAAAUAAUAUGAAAUUUAUGUAUCGCUUUGAUUAUUAAUAUAAAUAAUAAACUAUAUCCAACAUUUCUGAGCCAAAUUCAGAGAGUCUUCUGAUGUUUUAUUAUAUUUGUUUUGUCAAAUUUUUUGAGUUCGUCAUUUACUAUUUGUAAUAAAUUUGAAUUAUUUUUACCCUCAUUAAUAAAAUGUAAAUGUACUUUAUAAUAGAAGAGCUGGUUAAAUCUUAAUACAUUUUUCUUUAGUUUAUCAAUUACAAUUUUAAUGUUCAAUAGUUGAAUAAUAUAAUUCGAGUGAAUAAACAUCUAUGUAAUUUUAAUUUUACAUAAUGCGUAACAUAAUUUUAAAGUAUUACCUAACACGUACAUUUGAAAAUUAAUGUAUUAAGAAGAAACAUGUGCAACUGGGAUUUUGAUUGUAUUAUUACCAAAUAUAGACAUCAUAUAAUCAAAGUUUUCUACUUGUAAAUUGUACAUGGAAAGAAUAAAGAGAUUGAUUAAUUGAUAGAUAAUUUAGGUUAAGUCUUUAUAGCACAAAAACAUUGUUGAGCAUCUGAGGGUAUUAUUUCAGCACAUAAAGAUAUGUUCAUAAUAUAACAAACUUUAUUUAUUAACAACAUGUAAAAUAUAAAGCCGAUAAUGUAAAAUAAAAUAUAUUAUUUUUUUCUGUUGUA